AUGAUGUGGAGCUCAGGGUGUCCAGCAGGAAUUCCUGAAGUUGGGUGGAUAUUCCUGCUCCCGGAAAACAACAACACCUCUUUGCUCAACGAGCAAGGCAAGAUCAUCUUUUUGUCUAGGAGUAAGGGAGCUCAACUGGACACCGGUAAUUUCAGUUCCGAGUCUUGGUGUGAGCUUUCUGGUCUUGACAUCAGCAUCAGCGAACAGCGAGUCAAAGGUUGGAUCGCCAAAAUAGCCUCUGUCGGUGUGACGGAAUGGUUCCCAGUUUUCAAAACGCUUCUCCUGAUUUAA